AUGCCACAGCAACAGGGAAUGUGGUGGGAGGGACAGGAGAAAUGGGAAAAGAGUGAGAAAGGAUCUCUGUCUUGGGUGGGGAAUGGGGUAAUGUGGAGAAGGGAGAGGAGACCCCAAAGACUAUGUUGUCGGGGUUUAGGGGAAUCUACAAUCUCUACUGGAGCCAAGUUUCAUUUCAAAGUCAGUCCUCUGUUUCCCUCCUCCCCUCCAGGCAAAAUGAAGCUGACCCUGGUGCAGAUCUUUUUCAUAAUGUUGCUGCUCCUGCUGGGCCUGGGGGUAGGCCUGGGGUUGGGACUUCAGAUGGCCGCAGCAGUCCUGGAGGAAAGUGAUCAGCUACUGAAUGAGUUUCAGUCCAGUGACUCACAUGACAAGGCUGAAGCCACUAGGGAGGGAGCGGGCACCCUUCGAAGCAUAGAAACCCUUAGCAACAAAGAAGUGGUGCAACUGGAAGAGACCAUCGUCAGUGAAGAUGAAGUUGGAGGAAACAAGAUGCUCAGAGCUGAGGCUCUCUUUCAGAGCAACAAAGACUAUCUGAGGUCUGACCUGAUGGACAGGGAAUGCAAUGCCCUGAUGGCACAGAAGAUGAAGCCGCACAACCACACAUGCAUACCCCGGUACAUAUUCAUCCAUGAGGAACUAGAGGCAGUCAAAGCUGUCUGUAAGAGUCCUGUUGUUGCCUGUGACCUCAAGGGAGGCAAGUGUCACAAAAGCUCCCGUCCUUUUGAUUUGACAAUCUGCAAGUUAUCCAAACCAGGCCAAGUCACUCCUCACUGUACUUACAUAACUUUCAUUCUUGAAAAGUACAUUUUUAUAUCCUGUAGUGACAUGAAAGUCCAGGUAGCAUCUGGACCAUGA